UGUGACUCCCCAAAGCUACUGAAGGUUGGUGGAAGAACCUGCUGCGUCUUUAGUUGAGUUUCCACAGCUAGGUGCUUCUCCACAAGUGACCCUGGACAGUAACAAAACAUAUAAAAGCACGAACCCAAACCCCGCCACCAUCAUAGGUCUGAAGUUAUUGUGCAAUCAGUAAGCCAUGGCAUCUAAGAAAUUUGCUGUUAAAUGUGGAAAUUUUGCUGUCCUGGUGGAUCUGCAUAUAUUGCCACGAGAGUCAAACAAAGAUACCAGCUGGUUUUCUGAUCAGAAGAAAGAGGAAGUCUGUUUACUGUUAAAAGAAACCAUUGAUUCAAGAGUUAAGGAGUACUUGCAAGUUCGUAAACAGCACAGGCCGUCAAACACAGAAUUCACAAGAUCCAGUCCCUUGUCCUUAAAAGGUUAUGGCUUUCAAAUCACAGCCUAUUUCCUCAAGAGAGGGAUACGCCUUCGCUGCAUCAGGGGCACACAGAAUGCUGAGCUCCAGGUAUUCCCUGACAGAUUUGUGGUCUGUGUAAGUCAGCUUGCAUUCAGUCAUGAUCAUUUGGCAAGUCAGAAUGAAGAAUUGACAGAAAGAGCUCUCCAUGGAGUGUCUGAUUACGUUGCUGAGUGUGCAGAGAGUCCACUUCCUCCCAGUGCAAAGCUCCGGAGAAAUGCUUUGAAAGAAAUUGUGAAAAGAACUGAAACAAAAAGCAGCAGCGUGAGCGAAUCACAGACCAGCACGGACAUUGUGGGAACGUCUAGUGACUCCGUGAUUACAGAGAUAGCAAGGAAGAGGAAUGAUGGUCAGGCUUCCUCCAGGCCCCUGUCAGAAUCCACGGGACAAGCAAAGGAUUACAUAAAGGCAGCUGAGAGCCACUGGGGGCUUCCUGUUCAAAAGCUGGAAAAUGUUAAUCAGACCCAACCAGAAGACACCAGCAGCCAGCAAAAACCUCAUCCUGGGGAGCGGUUAAAGACAGGGCUUCUAAGCGGGAGCGCUGUCUGUAGCUGUGAGUCAGCAUCACCAGGUCCAAAACAAAGUCCACGAGCGGCCAGAACACAACAGAAACGCAGGAACUGCGGCACUGCGGAAGACUUCGACCACCACAAGAGAGUUUCUCUUGGAAGCGAUCGAUUAGUCCCAAGAGAAGUAAUAGUGGAAAAAAGCAAAACUGUCAGGGUUUUGCCAACUUUAGAGUUGUCAGAUCCGGGGUUACUUUUGAAACAAGAUUUGGCAAAAACUACGUCUAAGGAAGAGUUGCAUGUUUUGGAAAAUCUCUCCUCCAGACAUCUUAUGAAAAAUAACCCAGGGCGGCACAGAAAACCGGCUCAGCCACAAACACUGAAAGAUUAUCUAUGAUGCAGAGCAGCCCAGCCAAGAAAAGAAAAAAA